AUGACAAGCAUUAUAGAUAUUACACCCGUUGGUCCCAUUACCCCACCAUUGGAAACCACCGGUGAUCGUUUGAUGACUUUAGAAUUAAAAGAUGGUGUUACUUUACAAGGUUAUUCAUUUGGUGCUGACGUUUCAAGCGCUGGUGAAUUAGUUUUUCAAACCGGUAUGGUUGGUUAUCCUGAAUCAAUUACAGACCCAUCUUAUGAGGGCCAAAUAUUGGUUAUUACAUUUCCAUUGGUUGGUAAUUAUGGUGUUCCAGACCGUAACUUAAAGGAUGACAUUGUUGAACAACUACCUAAAUAUUUUGAAAGUAAUAGAAUUCAUGUUGCUGGUUUAGUGGUUGCUCAUUAUACUGACGAAUACUAUUCUCAUUUCUUGGCUAACUCUUCUUUGGGCCAAUGGUUGAAAUCAGAAAAUAUCCCUGCUAUUUAUGGUGUGGAUACUAGAGCUUUGACCAAGCAUUUGAGGGAUUCGGGUUCCAUGUUGGGUAGAUUAUGUUUAGAAGCCAACAACGUUGUUGAUAAAUCACUCGCUACCUCUUGUGAAUGGCAAAAAUGCUUUGAAGUUCCUGAUUGGGUUGAUCCAAACGUUCAAAAUUUGGUUGCCAGCGUUUCCACCAAGACUCCACAGUUGUAUUUACCACCAGAUGAGAUAAAAAAACAAAUUAACCCUCAAACUGGCAAGACUCUUAGAAUUUUGGCUAUUGAUGUCGGUAUGAAAUAUAACCAAAUUCGUUGUUUUGUCAAACGUGGUGUUGAAUUGUUAGUUGUUCCUUGGGAUUAUGAUUUUACAAAGGAAUACUAUGAUGGCCUGUUUAUCUCUAACGGUCCAGGUGAUCCAAGUGUUUUAACCGAGUUAAGCAGUAGAUUAUCUCAUACCUUGGAAUCACACAAGACUCCAAUUUUCGGUAUCUGUUUAGGUCACCAACUUUUAGCUCGUGCUGCUGGGGCUUCUACUUUGAAGUUAAAAUUCGGUAAUAGAGGUCAUAACAUUCCAUGUACUUCUACAAUUUCAGGCAGAUGUUACAUCACUUCUCAAAACCAUGGUUUCGCUGUUAAUGUUGACACUUUACCUAGUGGAUGGAAGCCAUUAUUUGUUAAUGCCAACGAUGGUUCUAAUGAAGGUAUUUAUCACACUGAACUACCAUAUUUUUCCGUCCAAUUUCACCCUGAAUCUACUCCGGGUCCAAGAGAUACUGAAUUUUUGUUUGAUGUUUUCAUUAACAGUGUGUUGGAGCAUAAACAAUCAAAAGGUUUAUUAAAACAAGUUGAGUUCCCUGGUGGCAAGUUGGAAGAUAAUUUGAAAAUGCAUCCAAGAGUCAACGCCAAGAAAGUUUUAGUUUUGGGUUCUGGUGGUUUAUCUAUUGGUCAGGCUGGUGAAUUUGAUUAUUCAGGCUCUCAAGCGAUUAAAGCUUUGAAAGAAGAAGGUAUCUACACUAUUUUGAUUAAUCCUAAUAUUGCCACAAUUCAGACAUCUAAGGGGUUGGCAGACAAAGUCUAUUUCUUACCUGUCAAUGCUGAAUUUGUUAGAAAAGUGAUUUUGCAUGAGCGCCCAGAUGCCAUUUAUGUUACCUUCGGUGGCCAAACCGCUUUGUCUGUUGGUAUCGAGAUGAAAGAUGAAUUCGAAGCCUUGGGUGUUAAAGUUUUGGGUACUCCUAUUCAGACUGUCAUUACUACUGAAGAUCGUGAGCUAUUUGCCAAUGCUUUAGAUGAAAUCAAUGAAAAAUAUGCCAAGUCUCAAGCCGCCUCUAAUAUCGAAGAAGCCUUAGAAGCUGUUAAGAAAAUUGGUUUCCCAGUUAUUGUUAGAGCUGCCUAUGCUUUGGGUGGUUUAGGAUCAGGGUUUGCUUCAAACGAAAAAGAAUUGAUCGACUUGUGCAAUGUUGCAUUUGCUUCUUCUCCUCAGGUUUUGGUCGAAAGAUCCAUGAAGGGCUGGAAAGAAAUUGAGUAUGAGGUUGUUCGUGAUGCUUAUGAUAACUGUAUUACCGUUUGUAACAUGGAAAAUUUUGAUCCUUUGGGUAUUCAUACUGGUGACUCCAUUGUUGUUGCUCCUUCCCAGACUUUGUCUGACGAAGACUACAACAUGUUGAGAACUACUGCCGUCAAUGUCAUUAGACACUUAGGUGUUGUUGGUGAAUGUAAUAUUCAGUACGCUUUAAAUCCGUUUAGUAAAGAGUACUGUAUUAUUGAAGUUAAUGCCCGUUUGUCGCGUUCUUCCGCUUUGGCUUCUAAAGCUACCGGUUAUCCGUUAGCUUUUAUUGCUGCUAAAUUGGGUUUGAAUAUACCAUUGAAUGAAGUCAAGAAUGCAGUUACCAAAUCUACAUGUGCUUGCUUUGAACCUUCUUUGGACUACUGUGUUGUUAAAAUGCCAAGAUGGGAUUUGAAAAAGUUCACCAGAGUGUCUACUUUGCUAUCUUCUUCUAUGAAGUCUGUGGGUGAAGUUAUGAGCGUUGGUAGAACUUUUGAAGAGGCGAUGCAAAAGGCUAUCAGAUCCACCGAAUAUAGUAAUUUGGGUUUUAAUGCUGUUGAUUUGGAUAUUGACGUUGACCAUGAAUUGCAAAAUCCAUCUGAUCUACGUAUUUUCGCCAUUGCUAACGCUUUUGCUAAACUACACUACUCUGUGGAAAAAGUAUGGGAGUUGACCCGUAUUGAUAAGUGGUUUUUAAAUAAACUUUUCAACUUGAAUAAAUUUGGUAACAUUUUAGCUUCUUAUGGGGUUAAAGAGAAAUUGCCAGCUACAAUUUUAAAACAAGCCAAGCAGUUAGGAUUCGACGAUAGGCAAAUUGCCAAGUUUUUAAAUUCCAACGAAGUUGCUAUUCGUCGUUUGAGAAAAGAACAUGGCAUUACACCAUUUGUUAAACAGAUUGAUACAGUCGCCGCUGAAUUUCCAGCCCAUACCAAUUACUUGUAUUUGACGUAUAACGCUUCCUCGCAUGAUUUGGAAUUUAAUGAUAAUGGUGUUAUGGUUUUAGGUUCUGGUGUUUACAGAAUUGGUUCAUCUGUUGAGUUUGAUUGGUGUGCAGUUACUGCUGUUAGAACAUUGCGUAAAAAUAACAUCAAGACGAUUAUGGUCAACUAUAAUCCAGAAACUGUUUCCACUGACUACGAUGAGGCCGAUAGGUUGUACUUUGAAACCAUUAACUUGGAGAGAAUUAUGGAUAUUUACGAAGUUGAAAACUCAUCCGGUGUCUUGAUUUCCAUGGGUGGACAAACUUCCAACAACAUUGCCAUGUCUUUACACAGAGAAAAUGUGAAGAUUUUGGGUACUUCUCCGGAGAUGAUUGACUCUGCUGAAAACCGUUACAAGUUUUCUCGUAUGUUGGAUCAGAUCGGUGUUGACCAACCGGCUUGGAAAGAAUUGACUUCUAUUGAUGAAGCUGAAUCCUUUGCUGAAAAUGUUGGUUACCCAGUUUUGGUUCGUCCAUCUUACGUUUUAUCUGGUGCUGCUAUGAACACUGUUUAUUCUAAGGAUGAUUUGGCUUCUUAUUUGAACCAAGCUGUUGAAGUUUCGCGCGAGUAUCCAGUUGUUAUUACCAAAUAUAUUGAAAAUGCAAAAGAAAUUGAAAUGGAUGCUGUUGCUAGAGAUGGUGACUUGGUUAUGCAUGUUGUCUCAGAACAUGUUGAAAAUGCCGGUGUUCAUUCUGGUGAUGCUACUUUGAUUGUUCCCCCACAGGAUUUGGAUCCAGAAACUGUUCGUAGAAUUGUUGUUGCUACUGCCAAAAUUGGUAAAGCUUUAAAGAUUACUGGUCCUUACAACAUUCAAUUUAUUGCUAAAAAUAACGAAAUCAAGGUCAUUGAAUGUAACGUUCGUGCCUCUCGUUCUUUCCCAUUCAUCUCCAAAGUUGUUGGUGUCAAUUUGAUCGAAAUGGCUACUAAGGUUAUUAUGGGUUUACCUGUUGUUCCAUAUCCAACUCAGAAAUUACCUGAUGAUUAUGUUGCCAUUAAGGUUCCACAAUUUUCCUUCCCACGUUUGGCUGGUGCGGAUCCUGUUUUGGGGGUUGAGAUGGCUUCUACUGGUGAAGUUGCUGCUUUUGGCCACUCCAAAUACGAAGCUUAUUUGAAAUCUUUGUUAGCUACCGGAUUCAAAUUACCAAAGAGGAAUAUUUUGUUAUCCAUUGGUUCUUAUAAGGAAAAACAGGAAAUGCUACCAUCCGUUAAGAAGUUGUAUGAACUAGGUUUCAAAUUAUUUGCCACUGCUGGUACUGCUGAUUUUAUUUCUGAACAUGGUGUUCCAGUUCAAUACUUGGAAGUCUUGGACGAGGAUGAAGAUGAAAAGAAAGAAUACUCCUUGACUCAGCAUUUGGCUCAAAAUAUGAUUGAUUUAUAUAUCAACUUGCCAUCUGCCAAUAGAUUCCGUCGUCCCGCUUCAUAUGUUUCCAAGGGUUACAGAACACGUCGUAUGGCCGUUGAUUACUCUGUUCCAUUGGUUACCAAUGUCAAGUGUGCUAAAUUGUUGAUUGAGGCUUUGUCUAGACAUUUGAACUUGGACGUUUCUGAACGUGAUUGUCAAACUUCUCAUAGAACAGUUACUAUUCCGGGUUUGAUUAACUUUGCUACAUUUGUACCAAAUAUUUCGAAUGCUGUUGAAGGUCCAGCCGAACUGAAGGAAACCACCAGGUUAUUGUUGGAAGCCGGGUUUACUUAUGCACAAUUUUUACCGCUUUCAAAAUCGCAAGGUCCAAUUGUAAAUGAUUCACAUUCGUUGGUUGUUUGUAAUUCCGUUGUCAGCGAUUCUGCUUACACGGAUUUUUCCUUUUUGGUUUCUGCUACUGCGAACAAUGUUGAUGAUAUUGCAUCCUGUGCUCCAAAGGUCAACGGGUUGUUUUUGCCAUCCAGAGAAUUGUCUGGGAAGGUGGGAUUAAUCUCUGAGCAUUUGAAAAACUGGCCAGCCAAUAAACAGGUCAUUUCGGAUGCUAAAACUGCCGAUUUGGCCUCUGUUUUAUUGUUAGCUUCUUUGCAAAACAGAUCUAUUCAUAUUACCGGUGUUUCUAACAAGGAGGACUUGGCUUUAAUUCAAACUGUCAAAGAGAAACAAACACAAGUUACCUGUGACGUUAAUAUUCAUUCUUUGUUUAUUUCUAGGGAUGAGUAUCCAGAAGCUGCGUGCUUACCGGAUGAAGAGGACCAAAAGUACUUUUGGAAUAACUUGAGUGCCAUUGACUGUUUCUCCGUUGGUUCUUUGCCAGCAAUCAUUGCCACAGUCACCUGCAACGAAGUUUCUACCGGUUUAGGCAUUAAAGAAGCUUUGCCAUUGUUGUUAUCCGCUGUUACAGAUGGUAGGUUAACAGUUGAUGAUAUUGUUUUACGUUUGCAUGAUAAUCCAUGCAAAAUAUUUAAUAUUCCGGAUCAAAAGAGUGAAGUUGAGUUAGAUUUAGAUUUCACAUUUAGAUCUGUCAAGAGAUGGUCACCCUACACCAAAGGUGGGUUGACCGGCGGUGUUGAGCGUGUUUUGAGUAAUGAGGAGACCGUUGUUUUAAGCGGAGACUUGUUUUCCCCUGAGCCUAGUGGUAAGUUGUUAAUGGCAUCCACUGCAGCUGCAGCCGCAGCCGUUGCCUCUACAAAUGAUGGAAGGAGAUUUUCUUCUGACAUUGUGCAGGCACCAAGUUCUGGAAACAGAAAAAGGUUUUCUUUUUCCAAUGAAAGACGCUACUCUGUGUUGAGCUCCGAAAGUGUUGAUGAACUUGCUAUAGAUGAGGAAGAACCACCUUUAGAACAGAAGUUAAUGUCCUCGAGACCACCAAAAGAAUUGGCUGCUCCAGGCGUGAUCCAGCAAUUGAUCCGCAGUAAUAAUCCAUUUUUGAAUAGAAACAUUUUGUCGGUUAAUCAAUUUAAGCGUUCUGAUUUCCAUGCUUUGUUUGCUGUUGCCCAAGAAUUGAGAUCUGCUGUUGAAAGAGAGGGUGUCUUGGAUGUGAUGAAAGGUCGUCUUUUGACAACUAUAUUUUAUGAACCUUCAACCCGUACUUCAUCUUCUUUUAUUGCUGCUAUGGAACGUUUAGGUGGUAGAACUGUUAACAUUAACACUUCUGCUUCUUCUGUUAAGAAGGGUGAAACUUUACAAGAUACAAUCAGGACCUUGGCUUCUUACUGUGAUGCUAUUGUUUUACGUCAUCCAGAUGAGAUGUCUGCUCAUAUUGCUGCUAAGUAUUCUCCAGUUCCUAUUCUUAAUGGUGGGAAUGGGUCUCGUGAACACCCAAGUCAGGCUUUCUUGGACUUGUUUACCAUUCGUGAGGAACUAGGUACUGUUAAUGGUAUUACUGUUACUUUUAUGGGAGAUUUAAAAUUUGGUAGACCGGUUCACUCUUUAUGUCGUUUGUUGCAACAUUAUCAAGUUAGAAUUAAUUUGGUUUCUCCUAAGGAACUACAGUUGCCAAGUGCUUUAACAAAGGAAUUGAGCGAUGCUGGUAAAUUGGGUAUUGUCAGUAACAUUUUAACGGAGGAAAUUAUUUCUAAGAGUGAUGUUUUGUACUGCACUAGAGUCCAACAAGAAAGAUUUGAGAAACCAGAAGAAUACGAACGUCUAAAGGAUACUUAUAUUGUUGAUAACAAGAUUUUAUCCCAUGCUAAACAAAAUAUGAUUGUCAUGCAUCCAUUACCUCGUGUUAAUGAGAUUAGAGAAGAAGUUGAUUAUGAUCAUCGUGCUGCUUACUUUAGACAAAUGAGGUAUGGAUUGUUUGUUAGAAUGGCUUUAUUAGCUAUGGUUAUUGGUGUUGAUUUAUGA